UGAUGAGACUAUGUUGAUUUCAGCGAGUCCAUUCAUAACUCCGGGUGCCAAGGAGCGCAAGAGCCUUUUGGAACGCGUUCGAACGGAGCGCCAAACUGUGGAUGAGACAUUUACGGAGAAGGGAAAGUCAUCCGCAAAGCGCGGUCGGAAAGGUCUGUCACAAGGGUCUCGUUGCUCUCGCCUAACAACAGCAAUUCAUUUCCUACCCAGCCCUCGAGGUCGACGAUGAAUGUGGAUCGGAACUGGAAAUGCCAGGUGCUUCAAACACGGAGACCGAUGAGGAGUACAACCCUGGGAAGCGUAGAAAGCUCGCUAUCAAGAAUACAAAGGCGCUCUCUUCAGCUGUGAAGCAACCUCGCCUAGCCAUCGAGGACGUGGCAGCAUCGGUCAAAAGAUUUACCUCCUCAAUCAAGAAACGCGGCCCUGCUUCGAGCACAAAGGCAAAGGACCGCGCCGUCACUCUCGAAUCCCUCGCCCGACAAUUCCUGCCUUCAUCUGACGAAGAGUUUGAAUCCGAUGAAGAACAGCCACAACCUACACGGACACCCUCCCGUGCAGUGUCGACGCGCCCAGUGUCCAGCCGCCGAGUGCCCCGCUAUGAGGAGAUUGGAGCUUACAUUUCCCCGCAAGUCCCGCAGCCUCAUGUGCCUCAUCCUGUGGAAGCCGGACAUGUGAUUAUGGAGAUUCCUACUGGAGAUACCACCAAUGUCGACAUCAAGGGGGUUUCUGACAUCUUUGGGGAGAUUGGACAGAUAUACGAAGCAAAACUGAGAAGCAAGGCCAUCUACAUCGACCAGAAGCUGGCGCGCGCGCUCUCGCGAAUGACAAAAGAUAUCACGCUCGUGAACGAGGCUGUGUUCGCUGGGUAAGAGUUACCCGUCUUCUCCCAUUUCUUCGAUAGUGGCACAUCUUACCCUUGCCUCCCCAUCAGAGAGGAACGCGUCAAAGCGCACAACGAAUACAUCCAAGCCGCGGCCG